AUGGAAUCCUACAAGGAGCUCACUUGCGAGUUCUUAGCUUCAAUGAGGUACCACAUGUACGAUGAGGAAGAUAGAGCUGAUUUGGACCAAGGAUUGGGAUGGAUCACGUUCUUGGCUAAGGGAGAGAAGAGAAUGGUGACCUUUAGGCAGUUGGAGAUCUUGUUUGGGUUCAACUAUGGAGAAGGGUACCAAGUGGAACUUCAAGGAAAGGAACUCCAAAGGGUUUGGGCUACAAUCGCUGAUGGAGUGUACUCUUCCUCAAGGUCCAAGGCAGCUCAAAUCAGGAGCCCAGUGUUGAGGUAUGUGCACAAGGCACUUGCCAACACCUUCUUUGCAAGGAAGGCGACCGGGACCAUUAACGAGGGGGAACUCAAGUUUCUUGACAUGGGAAUCAAGCCCAUUCUCUCACGCACAAGCGAUGGCAAGAGGAUCAGGGGAGAUAGAUCAACACAGGAAACUUGA